CGCCCCACCCUCCGCCUGCCCCUAGGCGGAAAGGACAGCUGUUGCGGCGGCGCCGGCGCCACCUCCCUCCACCUCCCACGUCUGCCCCCCGCGCCCCGGCCCCGCCAUGGCGCCUCCCCGCUAGCUCAGCCGGCGCUCCGCCUGGCCGCCUUCCCACAUGAACAUCACGGACUUCAACGUGAAGAAGCUGGCGGCCUACGCGGGCACCUUCCUCAGCCGUGCCUUUCAGUUCACAGAAGAAAAGCUGGGCCAGGCAGAGAAGACAGAACUGGAUGCUCACUUAGAGAACCUCCUUAGCAAAGCUGAGUGUACCAAAAUAUGGACAGAAAAAAUAAUGAAACAAACAGAAGUAUUACUGCAGCCAAAUCCAAAUGCCAGAAUAGAGGAAUUUGUUUAUGAAAAAUUGGAUAGAAAAGCUCCAAGUCGUAUUAACAACCCAGAACUUCUGGGACAAUAUAUGAUUGAUGCAGGGACUGAGUUUGGCCCAGGAACAGCGUAUGGCAAUGCCCUUAUUAAAUGUGGAGAAACUCAGAAACGAAUUGGAACAGCUGACAGAGAGCUGAUUCAAACUUCAGCGUUAAAUUUUCUUACUCCUUUAAGAAAUUUUAUAGAAGGAGAUUAUAAAAAAAUUGCUAAAGAAAGAAAGCUGUUACAAAAUAAGAGACUGGAUUUGGAUGCUGCAAAAACCAGACUGAAAAAGGAGAAAGCUGCGGAAACUAGAAGUUCAUCUGAACAGGAACUAAGAAUAACUCAGAGUGAAUUUGAUCGUCAAGCAGAGAUUACCAGACUUCUCCUAGAGGGAAUCAGCAGUACACAUGCCCAUCACCUCCGCUGUCUGAAUGACUUUGUAGAAGCCCAGAUGACUUACUAUGCACAGUGUUACCAGUACAUGUUAGACCUCCAGAAACAGCUGGGAAGUUUUCCCUCGAAUUAUCUUUGUAACAACAAUCAGACAUCUGCGACACCUGGGGCAUCUGUGCCAUCUGUUUUAUCAAAUGUUGGUUCUUCUGCCAUCACUUCAACAAGUGGCUUAGUAAUCAGUUCUCCGUCCAACCUCAAUGACCUUAAGGAGUCAAGCGGCAGCAGAAAGGCCAGAGUUCUCUAUGAUUAUGAUGCUGCAAACAGUACUGAGCUGUCACUUCUGGCAGAUGAGGUGAUCACUGUGUUCAGUGUCGUUGGAAUGGAUUCUGACUGGCUAAUGGGAGAAAGGGGAAAUCAGAAAGGCAAGGUGCCAAUUACCUGCUUAGAACUGCUCAAUUAAAUAGGUGGACUGUGCAAAGGUUACCCAUCGUGACACCGUAUUUACAGGCAGUUCACUCUAAGUAAAACAGGUUUAAGUAUCUUCCAUGUUAAUGUCUUAAGAGACUGAAAGGAAAAUACCAGCUGUCAAAAACUGGCAUUUCUGCCAAUAAAGUUGCAUGGUAAAUAUUUCA